AAAUCCCCAACAUUAAGUGAACUGAUUAUAGAGAAUAUUGAGCAACCAUUAAAGUGUGAUGCUGAGUUUACAGUGGCCAUCAAGUAUUAUUUUGUUGGAGAGACUGUUGAAGAAUUAAAAACUGAUAUUGUCUAUAUAGUCUUGUCCAGAGGAGUGAUUGUUCAUCAUGGAUCUGAGAAGGUUGAAGUGAAGUCUUCUAAUGGAGCAGCAAGUGACACAGUGUCGUUCAAACUGUCUGUUGGUGCAGAUCUGGCUCCUGCAGUGCAGAUUCUGGUCUACUGUGUUCUGCCCAGUGAAAAUGUUGUUGCUCGUAGCAGAGAUUUCAUGACUGAGAAGUGUUACAAAAUCAAGGUUUUCCUGCAGUUUUCUCCUGUUAAAGCAGUUCCUGGUGAGAAAAACACUCUCCAGCUCUCAGCUCAGCCUGGUUUCACUGUCUUUAACCUGCUGUCAGUACAGGUAGUAUCAGGUUACCCUUAUAAUGCUGUGGAUGCACCAGAGUGCCUGAAGUUAGACCUCGUCGGGCUGUGUCACCAGACCGUGUUUAUAACAGCUUGA